CAAACACUCACACACUCCCAACACAAGCACACACUCCUCUGAGAGCUCAAGCCCUGGACUGGAUUCUUCUUCUUCUGAAGAUCUCACACAGGAAAACACCACAGAUAGAACUGGGGAAAAAAGUGCACAAGAAGGCAAGCAUUUUAUAACUUCAGAAAAUAUUUCCACUUUCUUUUUUUUGGAGUCCUAGUCAAGGACAACGUCUGAGUUAGCGAGCGUGAAUGGGUUGUCAUGGUGAAUGACACUGGCAGGCUGAUCCUAGAAGAAGACUGGAUGUUGAAUGGACAGAGAGCUGCAGUGGCCAGCCAGCGAAAGUAACAGGAAGCUAUCGGAGAAAGGGAAGAAGAGAAGAAGAGAAUGGAGGACGGCUUCUCCAGCUACAGCAGUCUCUAUGACACCUCUUCACUGCUGCAGUUUUGCAACGAUGACAGUGCCUCGGCGGCAAGCAGUAUGGAGGUGACGGACAGGAUCGCCUCUCUGGAGCAGCGGGUUCAGAUGCAGGAGGAUGAGAUUCAGCUGCUCAAGUCGGCACUGGCUGACGUUGUGAGGAGACUGAACGUCUCAGAGGAGCAGCAGGCCAUGCUCAACAGGAAAGGACCAACCAAAGAAGCAGCAGUGAGGAGAGACUCUCCCUCCUCUGACAGCAGUGCUGGGAAGCCAGCUAGACCGAUGAUUGCAGCCCUGCCCCUGAGACCCAUGGUCAAUAACGGUACUGUCCUGCCUAAGAAGGGCGGCACACUGCCCUCCCCCUCCAGCUCCAAGAAGGACAACAGCUCACCAGCAACCAAAAGCACUGUGAAAAGGACAAGUUCUUCUGAGCAAGUCGGCCCCAACAACAGGAAAGACAGUGGUGUGGACUCCAAAAACAAUCGCACACGCGCUGGUUCCACAGGGAGCAACUCCAGCGGCAAGAAAGCCACAGAGAACAAACAGAGGGAGCCUGUUUUCAGCGCAGGGAUGCGACGUGUGACGCACUGCAAAGAUGAAGGGUAUGUCAAAAUGUAUUUGAAGGGACGACCCAUCACCAUGUACAUGCCCAAAGACCUGGUGGACACAUACUGCCUGGAAGUGAAGGCUGACUUGCCUCCUAAGAAACUGAAGCUAGACUGGGUCUAUGGUUACCGGGGCCGUGACUGUCGAUCCAACCUGUAUUUGCUCCCGACGGGGGAAACGGUUUACUUCAUUGCAUCUGUGGUUGUGCUGUAUAAUGUGGAUGAGCAACUACAAAGACACUACACUGGACACACUGAUGAUAUCAAGUGCCUCGCUGUCCAUCCUGAUAAAAUCACCAUAGCAACAGGACAAGUGGCUGGCACAUCCUCAGAUGGAAAACUUUUGGCUCCUCACGUGCGAGUGUGGGACUCUGUGAGUUUGAACACGUUGCACAUCCUUGGAGCCGGCUUCUUUGAUCGAGCUCUGGUUUGCCUUUCCUUCUCAAAGUCGAACGGAGGAAGCUGGUUGUGUGUUGUGGACGACUCCAAUGACCACAUUCUGUCUGUGUGGGACUGGCAGAGGGAGGAAAGACUUGCUGAAGUCAAGUGCUCCAAUGAGUCAGUCUUUGUUGCUGAUUUCCACCCGACAGAUGCUAAUAUAAUAGUAACCUGUGGAAAGUCACACCUUUACUUCUGGUCAUUAGAAAAGGGAUGUCUUGUGAAAAAACAGGGUCUUUUUGAGAAACAAGAGAAGCCCAAGUUUGUAUUGUGUGUGACUUUUUCAGAAAAUGGUGACGCCAUCACUGGAGACUCGAGUGGAAAUAUACUUGUGUGGGGCAAAGGAUAUAAUCGUAUUAGCUUGGCCAUUCAGGGAGCACAUGAGGCAAGCGUCUUUGCACUUUGCAUGUUGAGAAAUGGGACGCUGGUCUCAGGCGGGAAGGACCGUAAACUCGUCUCCUGGGACGAAAAUUACCAAAAGAUUCAAACGGUGGAGGUGCCUGAGUUAUAUGGCCCUAUUCGGACUGUGGCUGAAGGACGGGGACAAACGGUUCUUAUUGGGACUACCAAAAACUAUGUCCUGCAAGGCAACCUGGAUGGAGAGUUCAUACCCAUCACCCAGGGCCACACAGAUGAGUUAUGGGGCCUGACUGUACAUCCUGUGAAGCAUCAGUUCCUCACCUGUGGCCAUGACAAGCACGUCUGCAUGUGGGACUCUGCAUCUCAUCAGCCCAUCUGGACCAAAACAUUGGAGGACGCCACUCAGUCGGCCGGCUUCCACCCUUCUGGAGCGACCGUUGCUAUAGGAACGCAGACGGGCAGGUGGCUUGUCCUCGAUACCGAAUCGAAGGAUCUUGUCACGGUGCACACGGACGGGAACGAACAGCUGUCGGUUAUGCGCUUUUCUCCAGAUGGUAAUUUCCUCGCGAUCGGGUCACAUGACAACUACAUCUACAUUUAUGCUGUGGCAGAAAAUGGAAAGAAAUACAGUAGAGUUGGAAAGUGCUCAGGUCAUUCUAGUUUCAUCACACAUCUGGAUUGGUCUGUGGAUUCUCAGUACUUGGUAUCCAACUCAGGGGACUAUGAGAUCCUUUACUGGAUUCCUUCUGUGUGUAAGCAAGUAGUGAGUGUGGAGACCACCCGGGAUAUUGAAUGGGCCACUUUCACCUGUACUCUGGGCUUCCAUGUUUUUGGACUGUGGCCGGAUGGCUCAGAUGGUACUGAUAUCAAUGCUGUGUGCAGUUCAAAUGCAAAGAGGCUGCUCGUCACCGGAGACGACUUUGGCAAAGUUCACCUCUUCUCAUUUCCUUGCUGUCAGUCCCGAGCUCCUAGUCACAUCUACUGUGGACACAGCAGCCACGUCACCAAUGUUAACUUCUUACAUGAUGACAGCCACUUAAUCUCUACAGGAGGAAAGGACAUGAGUGUAAUGCAGUGGCGUGUGCUGUAAAACGACCACUGUCACACUGAAUUUCCUUAUUUUUCUAGAAUCAAGUGGCUUGGGAAAGCAUUAGUGUGGCCAUCGACUACAGAGUGAAGUGGAGUCUCGAUUUGAUUUGCCUUUAAAGUGAUCUCAGGACAUCAAUAUUUGAAGUGACUCUGUUUCGACUGUCUCACAUGUUCCCUAGGCUAUGAAAGAGAUGCUUUAUGAUGGAAACCCAUCUCUUUAGCUUUGAAAAACAAACUAAAGAAUCUGCUCUACAGGACAAUGUUAAAUGUAAUGCCAAAGCACAUUGAGGAUGAAUAGUCCAGUCCAGUUUAUCAUAAUACUGUCUUAACUUCUGAGGUAUUAUAUAGUCUUUAAAAUACCAUCAAUUAUACUCUACCCCUUUGACUGUGUUUUGAUCAAUUGCACGUUACCCAUAAUUUUGUACUAAAAUUUGCCGCCAUAAUGUUCUUUUAUUAACUUUUGCUGCCACCGUAUGGUACGGUGCGGUAUUGCAGCCACCUUCCCACCGCUGAACUUUUUAUAUCCUCUGCUGUAAGUCAAAUACUUACGGUGUUUCAUGGACUUAAACUGUAAUAGAAGUACAAAAAUAUUCAACCAGCCAUCAAAACCCUCUCAAGGACGAAAAAUAGCAUGAGUUUGGGAAAAAAGUGACUGUACUGCAAAAUGAUCAUGGCCUUCACUGACUUUCAUUUGCUAAAUCACCACAGCCAUCAAUCACUGAUUUAGUCUAAUCCUCAGUCUGACUUCAAAUCUGUUUUGUGCAUCGACUAGCUUAACUAAACAUCCUCAUGUACUGCACAUUUACAAUAGAGUUAAGCUCCAUUUUCAUAACCUCCGCUUGAGAAACAUGAUUGAACAGUUACACUCAAAUGACUGUAGUAUUAAUAAUAAAACUAAGCAUGCACAAGCUUGUUUGUAACUGUCUAACCUAUUUUUCCAUAUUCACUGUCGGAUAUAUGGCAUAGCCAUAAAAAUAAAGGAAAACAUGUUAGUUCUGUGAAA